AUGGCAGCUAUCCUGCGUCCACGAAAGCUAGAUGGCACCGACACGUUCAACCUCGGUCCUCUCGGAAUCAUCUACAUCCUCGCCGCUGUACUGUACACCAUCAUCCUGUGUGUAGAGCUGUUCUUCUUGUAUCGCCGCCGCAAUGCUUUCUGUAUACGCGUGAGGAAUAUCAAGGUGGUUUUGGCGGCAGUCUUGAUGCUGCACAUCUAUCUUGUCGUCGUCCUUCUCGUGUACCCUUGGAAUGGCUACUUUCCAUGCGCCGCCGAGUUUUGGAUCAUGUCCGUGUUUCUUCCCUCGGGCAUGGCCUUUUUCCAAGCCUGCAAUGCAAAGGUCCUCACCGUCUACGAGAACCAGUGCCGAAUGACGCGCGACUUCCUCGAAGGUGCCCGCAAGAAGCGCAUAUCAUAUACUCCCCGUGGGCUAUAUGAAGCGUGGCGCGAUCUUGAUCCAGCAAAGAAAGUCUACGUGGGCACUGUGGCUGGAUUGGUCAUUUCAUUCUUUCCUGCCAUCGCCCUCUUCUUUGGGUCGCGUCGCUUCCAUGCGUCAUAUGGAUUUUUUGGCGAAGCUACAGACUUCCGAAAGUGUCGCCGGGGCGCUGAAUGGGUGCCCUCAAUUUUUGUCCAGUUAUUCUGGAGUAUGCUUGUGGGGCCUUGGAUCUUGUGGAAGAUUCGUAAGAUCCACGACGUUCACUCGUGGGCGUUGCAGACGAGACUGGCCAUCAUUGCUGGCCUUCCCGGAACACCACUUUGGAUCGCCUUUACCUACACAAGCGUGUCAAACGUUGAUGGCAUCACUGAAUACUUUGCACCAGCAGGGUGGUUCAUUCCCUCACUGGUAGUCUGCCAACAAGUCCUAAUCCUGAUUCCUCUGCGGGACGCAAUGAGAACACCACCAAGCCGUCGAUCAUCCGUGUCUGACACGUCCUCUCUCAACUCGAUCCACUCGGUCGUGGACGAAAAGCCGACAAAGAUUGUGUUUAGCCAGGAGUUCAAGACCAAAGGUUCCAUGCGGGCACUGGAGCUCACUAUCCAGAACAGUAUCGAGCCGCUGAUUGCUUGGGCGGCCAUCCGCGAAUUCACAGCGGAGAACUGCAUUUUCCUGCGCGAAGUGCGCAACUUUAGGAAGAAGUGGGGCAGCCUCGACGUGGUGACGACUGUGCAACGCCGGCAAAUGUUCAACGAGGCGUCGCUCAUCUUCUUCACCCUUGUCAACCCCUUCACCGCCGAGUCGCCCAUCAACAUUGAAUACAAGAUCUUCAAGGCCAUGCAGAACAUGUUUGCCAACGUCGAGUUUGACCCGUACAUGCCGCGCUGCCCCACCCCCGACAACGUCAACUCGCCCGUACAGCGAGAAAACGUCAUCUGCCCGUGGGAAAACACGCUCAGCCGUCCAGCCAGUAUCGACAGCAACGCUACAACAUCAACGACAUCAAGCGCACGCAGUAUUGUGCCGAGCGACUUUACAGAACAGGUAUUUGACAGCGCAUACGACAGCAUCAAGUACCUCGUCUUCACCAACACGUGGCCCCGAUAUGUGGAUUUCACUGGCACGCGCCCGGCGACAUCCUGA